AUGGGUGGUUGUGGCAGCAAGGGCGCGCAUACGCGGUCGCCGGGCUCCUCGGGAAUCAAGAUGACAAACGAACGCUCUGACGAGUCAGCC